AUGGAUUACCAACAAGAAGUUUAUAGUUGUUAUAAUUACAUGUACGUUGAAGCCAACGCUCUGGAUUGGAACAACAGUUCAUUGGAAGGAUUUGAAAAUUCAAGUGUGAAAAGUUACGAUAGUUUGGAAGAUAAUUUAAACGAUUCUACCGAAUUGGGGGCGAAAAAUAAUAAAGUUUCUCCAGUGGUUUUAAGAAAAAGAAGAUUGGCAGCUAACGCUAGGGAACGAAGAAGAAUGCAGAAUUUAAAUAAAGCUUUCGACCGAUUAAGAACUUUUCUACCGCAAUUAGGACAAGAUAAGCAACUUUCAAAAUAUGAAACCCUUCAGAUGGCCCAAAGUUACAUUAACGCUUUAUAUGAAUUACUAGAUCAUAAAAAAAAUUAA